UUCUCUCUCUAACUUUUAUCUUUCUUUUUUCAAAACCUGUCACUGUAAUAGACAAACAAAAGAAUACCCUUUUGCAAGGGCACCACAAUAAUGGGGUGCUUCAGUUCUUCCAGCUCCAAAACCAAAACCACAUCACCACCAGCCAUGAAAUCCUCAUCAUCAUCAACGUCAGAAGUACAACCCAAAAAUAUCAAACACGAAACUCUACUCCAAAUCCCACUAUGCAGGGUUCAUCUUAUGGACGAAGGAGAAGCUCUAGAACUCGCCAAUGGCGACUUCAAACUCACCAGAAUCCUCGACGACAAUCUCUCCCUCGCCACCAUAAUAAGAGUUGGAGAAGAUCUCACUUGGCCUUUGACGAAAGACGAACCUGUAGUGAAGCUUGACUCUCUCAGUUACCUCUUCUCUUUGCCCAUGAAAGAUGGCGAUCCGCUCAGCUACGGCGUGUCGUUUCCCGAGCAGUAUGCUGGGAGCUUGACCUCCCUGGACUCUUUCUUGAAAGAGAAUUCGUGCUUCACGGGGUUGGCAGCGGCGGCGACGGCGACGACGAAAAGUAGAGGGGUUGAUUGGAAGGAGUUUGCUCCAAAAGUUGAGGGCUACAAUAAUGUUUUGGCUAGAGCUAUUGCCGGAGGGACUGGUCAGAUUGUCAAGGGGAUUUUUAAGUGUAGCAAUGCUUAUGCCAACCAGGUUCAAAAGGGAGGGCAAAUGACUCUCACCCCUGGCGUUGAGGAGAAAAGUUAUGUGAAAAAGAAAGAAAACAACAUCAACAACACUGCUGGCCCUGCGAAGAAGAAUGGACUCAACAAAAGCUUGAAACGUGUGAGAAAGUUGUCAAAGAUGACGGAAAAGCUGAGCAAAACUAUGCUAGACGGGGUCGGUAUCGCCACCGGGGCGGUGAUGGCACCGAUGAUGAAAUCUGAAGCAGGGAAAAAAUUCCUUAACAUGGUUCCUGGAGAAGUCCUCUUGGCCUCACUUGAUGCUGUUAAUAAGCUUUUAGAUGCACUUGAAGUUGCAGAGAAACAAGCUCUUAGAGCCACUUCCACAGCCGCAACUAGAGUGGUCAGCAACAGGUAUGGCGAAAAUGCCGGCGAGGCGACGGCGGAUGUGCUUGCAACUGCAGGUCAUUGCGCUGGUACUGCCUGGAAUAUUUUCAAAAUAAGGAAGGCCUUUAAUCCCGCUUCCUCUGUCUCCACAGGAGUAUUGAAAAAUGCCGCAAAAAGUGCAGCCAAAAGUUGGAGCUAAUUCAAUAUAUAAGGGUCGUUCGUAACAAUGUUGCUCUAAAUGUAUUUACUAGACUUGAAAUUGGGCUCUUGUUUCCGAUUCAAUUGUGAUGAUUGUUGAAGCGAAGAAUUUCUAUAAAUGAAAAGGGAUUCUGUAGUGAAAGUGUUUGUAUGGAUCUUUAAAACGUGGAUAAGAAGAAUUAAUGCUUAGUUUUAUG